AUAAUUUCACUCGCAUGUACGUUAUUUGCUGACACAAUUGCAAUUCUAAAGAUAAUAAUAACAAAAUGCAAGAAGCUAAAAUUGUCCCUGAUGCAAUUGACGUUGCUCCAACUAAAGUGCUGCAGAUAACCUAUCCAAAUGGAGUAGUGGUUAAACAAGGAAACGAUCUCACACCAACUCAAGUAAAGGAUCAACCUACUUUGCACUGGGAUGCAGAUGAAUAUAAACUUUACACACUUUUAAUGACUGAUUUGGAUCCACCUAGAGAAAUGACGGAAGUUUGCCAUUGGCUAGUUGUUAAUAUUCCUGGAAACAAGAUAUUAGAAGGACAAACUGUUAUGGAGUUUGUAGGUUCAGGACCGUCAUUGGGUAGUGGAAAACAUCGUUAUGUGUUUUUUGUAUUCGAACAAGCAAAUGCCAUCAAAACUAAUGUGUUUAUUACGAAAACUACAAUUGAAGGACGAAUUAACAAAGCGACACGUGAUUUAAUAAAAGAAUACAAUUUGGGAGUUCCUGUAGCUGGCAACUUCUAUUGGUCAGAAUAUGAUGAUUAUGUUCCAUUUCUACAUGCAACUUUCAAUAAAUAAUAAUUUCAUUUUUUUUUUUCAACAAAAUUAGAAAUAUAAAAUAAAUGUACCUACAUACAUAAUGCAUAAUAUUUUUGCUUAAAUUA